AUGAACGAUAUACGCCUGUUGAAGGAUCAACAGCGUGAGAAACAUCCCGGGUUCGAUUCGUACAUCGAGUGCAUGAGCCGAUCACUGUUCACGGGACUAGCAACGUUCACUCUUGGGUUUUCCGGUGUCUACUUUUUGCAACAGAUUGGGCAACGAUAUCUUCCGUACACAAAAAAGGUAAACAUCCUGGUGGCGGUCAUUGUUGCAACCGGUGCUUCUUACAAAGUGACAUCGGAUCGAACCCGUGCCUGCCAGGCACGGUGGAUGGCCGUAGAGGAAAAGUACAGCGUGCUACAAGAGUCGACUAGCUCGGAAGUGUUGGAAAGUAUAACUGGUCGAAAAUAG